AUGCUUCUAAGAACCUCCAUUUCCAAAUACAAGAAACUCUUCCAGAAAACCCUAACAAACUUCAAAUCAUUAUUCUCUCCAACAUACCAAAAAAUUCCAAAAACACCUCUCCAUGAUCACUCCUCUUACAACGACUUGGAAAAAUUCUACACUGACUUCACUCAGAAAUGGGAUUCAGAAAACGGAAAAACAAAGAAAAGAAGCAAGAACAAAGUCAUGAUAUCAUCUUCAACAACAAAGGAAGAAGAAGAAAAAGAAGAAGAAGUGCAUACGCAUUUGCAUAAUCAUAAUGAGAUGGAGAAGGAAUUCGAGGAGAAAAAGAAUAAGAGAAAGUUAAGUCAUCAAAGAGGAAAGAAACAAGAUUCAUCAUCAUCAAUGUUGAAUUCUAAGAGUAUAGUGGAAAAGAAGAUGAAAGAAUUGGAAAUGUUGGAGAUGAAUAAUAUGGAUUAUGUAUUAGAUAUUGAAGAGGUUCUUCAUUACUAUACUAGACUCACUUGUCCUUCAUAUGUUGAAAUUGUUGAUAAAUUCUUCAUGGAAAUGUACUCUGAGUUCUUGGAUUGUCCAAACACACCUCCUACUGUUAACUCUAAACCUAUGUAA